CUGUUAAGUCGACCAACUUCCCCGUCUCCUUCGUUACCCCGGCUCCGAAGCUUUCCUUCAGAGGCAAUGAUCUUUCGGAAGGUGCUAAUUUCUGGAACCUUUCGUUGGUGGGUUACUCGAUCGACCCUCGCCCAUACUACGAACGACUGCUUUUGGCUAUGAAAAAGGUUUGGAACAUCAAAGGUGGGAUAAUUGGAAAUGGUGUGGAAGGGGGGCCCUGGUUUUUGUUGGGAAAGCCUUUCAUCUUGCAACGCUGGAACCCAAAGUUUAAGCCGGUUAGGGAUGAAAAUACCACUAUACCCAUCUGGAUAAAAAUUAUGGAUUUACCUUUGGCGCUGUGGACACCUUUAGGGAUCUCCCGGAUUGCUAGUUUCAUCGGGGUUCUGAUUUCUGUUGACACACUCACUGCCAAUCGUACCAGACUCACCUUUGCUAGGGUGUGUGUUCACAUCAAUAAAAACUCUCCCCUUCCUGAUGAAAUACCCAUCGAAAUUGAAGGAGAAGACAUGAAUCUCAAAGUGCACUAUGACUGGAAACCUUCCCCAUGUGAAGGCUGUGGAUCCCUUUUUCACCCGUUUUUUCUUUGUUCCUCAAACCCUAAUCCAAAACCUAUCAUCCCACCUUCUGCUCGCCCGAGAGGUCGUAGCUCCAGCAGACAUCCUAUUCAGCGGGAACAACUUCCUACUUCCAAACCACCUCCUCCUCGUCCCACUUCUUUGGCUUGUGAGGCUUCUCUUGUGCCCUUGGAUGGAAUUCUUCCAAAACCUAUUAUUAAUACACCUGUCAUUUUGUCCCCUGAGCCGAAAAAAUCGCCUACUAUGCUUCCCGACUCCACAAAAGACCUUUCUUUACCCAAUUUAAACCUUCCUAUGGAUGUUGCUUCCUCCUCGGAGCA